GGACUAAAAUGUUAAAUACUGCUAUUACCGAAAGAACACUGUAACAGCAAUGGCGACGGAGCUCGAGGAAUUGUUAGGCUUUCUAUCAUGUCCUUCCCCACAGAUAAAAAAAACAGCUGUUGAUAUAGUUCGGGAUUUAACUGGUUCCGAUGAUGGCAUGCUGUCUCUUUCACGCUACUCGGAGAUUCUGCUACCUUCACUCUCCCGUCUAUUAGGUGAAAAGAAGGAUGUUUCAGAGCGGGCAGCUGAAGCUCUUAUAAAUCUUUCACAAAUUUCAGAACUAUCAGCAAAGAUGGUUGCAAUGGGGAUGAUUAAAACAGCUAUGGAGAUGCUAUAUAAACAAGAUUGCAGCAUUGCUCGAUUAUUGAUUAUGCUUCUAGUUAAUCUUACACAGUCGGAUGCGGGUAUUGCAUCUUUGCUUCAGACUGGAGAUGACAAAAUACAAGGAUUAUAUGUUAUGAAGCUUGUGAGAUCAUUCUGUUCUUCAUCAAGUGAAAUGAGAGAAGAUCCCUUUGAACAUGUUGCUUCCAUACUUGUGAACAUCUCAAAGAUGGAAGUAGGAAGGAAAAUUCUAUUGGACCCUAAGAGAGGACUUUUAAAACAAAUUAUUCGACAGUUUGAUUCAGCAAGUCCAUUGCGGAGAAAGGGGGUUUCUGGGACCAUUCGCAAUUGCUGUUUUGAAGCUGAGAAGCAGCUACAAAAUUUGCUUUUGAUGUCAGAAUUUCUCUGGCCAGCUCUGCUUCUGCCUGUUGCUGGAAAGAAGGUUUAUAAGGACACAUCAAAAAUGCCACUUGAGCUUGGGAGUGCACUUUCAAUCGAACGAGAGGCAGUGGAUGAUCCAGAUCUCAGGGUCCAAGCACUAGAAGCUAUUUAUUUGAUUGCUUUGCAGGAGGCAGGUCGACGAGCUCUAUGGUCUGUGAAUGGUCCACGUAUACUGCAGGUUGGGUAUGAAGAUGAGGAGGACCCCAAAGUAAUGGAAGCAUAUGAGCAAAUUGGCUCCUUGCUGGUUCAAGGUAGCGAGAUUGAGGAAACACCUACUCAGACGCUGAAGUAGCAUUAUGGUUGUUCAAUAAAUUAAGAUUUUAAGCACUUUCAGAGAAUUUCAGGCUAAUUGCAAAGGCCAUCGUGUCUAAUUAAAACCCAAGCGGCAACUUUUGAUUAUCAGUUCAUUUUGGAGGUUAAAACCCAAGCGAUAGCUUUUAAUUAUCAGUUUCAUUGGAGGUCAGCAGGCUUCGUGUACCCAAGGAAAUUUAUAUUGAAUCCCUAGCUUUCUUGAUCUGUUGGUAGUUGUAAUGAAGUAAAAUGACAUUUUUUGGAUGUUCCAAAACAAAACUUUGAUUUGUACUCUAUUGAUACAUUGAACUUGAAAUUCACAAGGGGCAAAAAUAGAAGAAUAACUCUAGUAUUGUUUGUUACCAA